AUGCCGUGGCCCGUCUGGUCUUCGAUCAGCCUAAAAGAGCACAGUCACUCCACUCCUCAUCGACCUACACUGGCUACCCAUGGCCGCACUAAUCGAAUUCAAGUCAGUAAUUCUCACCUUCAGGGUGACUUCUGGGACUGCACCACCUACUUUAACUCAGUCGCACCUUAUGAUCCUUCUUGGCCACUGUGUUCCUCCAAGGAAUGUCGUCUGGCAUCGCCACAAUCGCAGUCCAGACUGUUCUCAGUUGUGGCCAGAAAGCUGCCAGAGCUCGGCAGCCUCUCCUCUCUGACGACGAUGGAAGCCCUGGACAGAGCUGACCUCUGCUUUCCACGACUGAACUCCUCCUGCAAAAAGCCCACACAGCCGCACACCGAGGCCAUGCUGAUUUAUGUUCUGCUUUCCACCAUUUCUCUUAUCACUGUGGCUCUUAACCUGCUGGUCAUCAUCUCCAUCGCCCACUUCAGGCAGCUCCACACUCCCACCAACCUCCUUCUCCUCUCUCUGGCUGUCUCAGACCUUCUUGUGGGCUUCGUGCUGAUGCCCGUUGAAAUCAUCUACAUAGAGGCAUGCUGGUUUCUCGGCGACAUUCUGUGCACUCUGUAUUACGUUGUAGACUACGUCAUCACCUCUGCCUCAGUGGCCAACAUGGUGCUCAUAUCAGCCGACCGCUACAUUGCUAUUUGUGACCCUCUGCGUUACCCCACCAAAGUCACUAAGACAAAAGUACAAAUCAGUGUGUGUUUGUGCUGGCUUUGCUCUGUUUUCUAUAGGAUUCUCCUCUUACUUGAUCACCUGCAACAACCAGGCAGGUCUAACUCCUGUUUUGGAGAGUGUGUGGUUGUCAUCAACAACACUGCGGGGGUUGUUGACCUCGUUUUCACCUUUAUCAUACCCAUUACUCUCAUUAUAGUUCUUUAUUUGAGAGUGUUUGUGGUGGCUGUGUCUCAGGCUCGAGCCAUGCGCUCGCACAUUGCAGCAACCCAACGUUCAGGGACUGUAACUGUGAAGAAAAUGGAAAUGAAGGCAGCCAGGGCUCUUGGCAUUGUUGUGGUUGCGUUUCUAGUUUGUUUUUGUCCGUACUACUUCCCCGCUCUGGCAGGCGAAGACACCUCAAUCGAUGCGUCAUCUGUAGCCUUUGAGCUCUGGCUAGCACAUUUUAACUCCUGUUUGAACCCUGUUAUCUACGCUUUUUUCUACCCCUGGUUCAGAAAAUGUAUAAAACUCAUUCUGACACUUCAGAUACUGAAGCCUGGCUCCCGUGAUACUAAACUACUAUAG